AUGUUUUCAGAUGAACUACACAUGGAUUGUUGUAAUACAAUCAGUCUAUAUCUUAUUCAGUUUAUCACUGUACUCCCUGAUAUUCAUUUAUAUAAUGUGGUCGACGGAUGCAGAAUUCAAGACUGCAUUUCACCGACUUUUUUUGUUGAGAGCGCUGCCGAUUUCAUACAAGUUCUUAUUUCUCUCUUCGCGUUUCGAUUCCCAAUUGCAGGAUGGAAGGAAGUCACAUACAUUCCGUACCUUGCCAAAGCCGGUUUCAUGAUAUCCCAAUACUCAGUUCUUGUUGAAAUGUGUGCUCAAUUAUUGCUCUCUAUCAACCGAUUGUCCGCAAUUGUUUAUCCAAUCCUACAUAACAAAUUUUGGACGAAAAAGGCGACUCUGACUCUAUUCCUAACUGGAAUGCUCAUUUCUAUCAUUCCAACAGCUUUGCGAGCAGCACAACCAUCUGCAUACAUCCAUUUAAAUGGAAGUUACAUUCCCCAUUUAAUAAAUCCAGGAGAUCAAGAGACAAAUUCCAAAGUGACCUGUUUAAUAUACAUAUUCUUCUGCAUUUCGAGCCUUUCGUGUAAUCUCCUGGCGUGUUGUGUUCACAGAAAACAAAAGAGAUUGCAGACUCAGAUCAAACUGGCGACAACAGUUCAGACAAAUCUUCUGAUAUAUGCAUGCUUAUCAACAGUGAUUGUUGUGGCAAUGACAUGUUUCCAGUCUCUUCUGGCUUUCCACGUCUUCGACCUAACCGCAGAAGCUCAUAAAGUCGUGCUCGUAUUUCUGACGAUAUCUGCCGAUGCGUUUGCUCUAUCCAAUCCAUGGCUUCUAUUCUGUUUAUCAAGUACAUUCCGCCAGAAAUUUCUCGAGGCACGCAAGAUCCGUCGCAUCUUCGCUGCUGCCCCGUCCACCAACGAGACUUCAUAA